ACAAGGAUGCAUCCUAUUGGGAGCUCGACAGAAAACCAAACAGAACAAAGCUUACCGCAAAACGCAGCCUCAAAUCUCCACGUGUGUCGCUUCUUAAAAGGACAGCAUCCUAUGUGUUACAAGACUCUCUCUCUCUUUUACUACAAUGCAAGCUGAGCGACUAGUGUUCGGUUUCUUUUUUUCAGUUUGUGAUCCUGAAUUGAUGUUUCUGAUCCUAAACAUGUUGUUUAAUUUUGUUUUAUGAGAUUUUUUUUUGGUCGUGCCUUGAGAAACUUUGUUGCUGUUUUAGCAUAUUUGCGUUUCUUUGAUAGUUAACAAGCUUUAUUCGAUCUAGAUAUAGAUACCUCAUUUGCCUAUUUGAGUUGAAAUUGGGAAACUCUUCUCGUUUUUUGAGCUAUUUGGACAGUAAGUUUUUUCCUUCUUGUUUUGUUUGAUUCGAAAGAGUGAGACCCCUUUGGCUGUUUUAACCAAAAAUCAUAUCUUUUGUUAGCUACCUGCAUUUGCAUUUCAGCAAAAUUUGUUUUUGAUUCUGAAUAGCGAGAGCAAAUUUGGGUGGGAACAGGAACCUUUUGGCUACCUGAGCCGUUUCAGCAAGAAAGUCUUUGUCUUCAUUGAUAUAAUAGCCACUCGAUCCUCUGUGCUGCUGUGGAGGAUCUGUUUGAUUUCUUUCCUCUUGGUGGUUGUGGUGUGAAUUAUCCUGGAAAUGAAUGGACAUGGAGAGGAAGAGAUUGUGUAUGAGAUAGGGGUGGUGGUACCAAAGAGCAAUGCCAUAGAAGGACAGGAGAGUCGUGAUUGUGUUGAGAUUCUUGAAGCUGAGUUCAGGAAAGUGGGGCUGAUAGUUGAUAGAGUUUCUGGAGUUUCAGAUGAGUUUAUCAAGGUAGCAGCACCCCUGGAGACUUUGGGGAGGGCUGCAGCUGAGAUGCAGAUGUGGAAACCUACUCAUAUUGGAAUGGAUCUGCAAUUUGAGUGGGAAGAGGUUGAUGCUUUUGUGAAACAGCCCGAUGGUUCAUUGUUUAGUUGGUAUGAACGUUUUCAGUGCUACCAACACUUAUUAUACGGGAUUGUAAGCAAGAGUGACUCAGGCAUCAUUUUAAAUUUUGAUGGUAAAGAAUUCCGCUGGGAAGUUGGACAAUCUUUACUGAAAAGGCUGGAAUCCGAGGGCAUCAUUAAGCAAGUCUUUCCUUUGCACGAUGAAACCAAGAGGAGGAAGCUCCUGAGAAGUUGGGCACUCAAUUGGUGGGAUUUGACUGAGCAACCAAUUGAUGAGAUUUAUUCAUAUUAUGGGACAAAGAUUGCAAUCUAUUUUGCAUUUCUUGGAAAGUAUACACAAUGGAUGUUCUUUCCAGCUGCAUUUGGGCUUAUCUUGCAAACUGUUGAUUUUGGAUCGUUGCAGUUGUUAGUGCUGCCGGUGUUUUUCAUAAGCAUAAUUUUAUGGGCUGUUUUGUUUUUCCAGUUUUGGAAACGUAAAAACUAUGCCCUUUUAGCUCGAUGGCAUAUAAAUUGUACAAUUGGUGCCAGCCAAGGAAAUAAACUGUUGGGCCUGGACCAAUCUCCUCUGGAACUAAUGGAAAAAAUGGGGAUGAAUGAAAAACAAGAAAAGCAAUUAUACCAAAGAUAUGAAUGGCUGGGAUAUCUCAUGCGAUUUAGAAAUGAUGCUAUCAUUAUCCUGAGCAUCAUCUGCCUCCAGUUGCCAUUUGAGUUGGCCUAUGCUCAUCUUUACGAAGUUAUUGGAUCUGACUUACUUAAGUUUGGGUUGACUGGCAUUUACCUUUUUUUCAUUCAGUAUUUUACACAAUUUGGGGGUAAAAUAUCGGUCAAGCUCAUCAAAUAUGAAAACAAUGAAAAUACAGAAUAUAGGGCUGACAGCUUGGUGUACAAAGUGUUUGGUCUUUAUUUUAUGCAGUCAUAUAUAGGAAUUUUCUAUCAUGCCCUUUUACAUCGCAAUUUUACUACUCUUCGUAAAGUCUUGAUUCAGCGUCUUAUGAUCUCUGAGGUUUUGGAAAAUUUGUUGGAAAAUUCUUUGCCGUAUCUCAAGUACAGCUAUAAAAAAUACAGGACAAUCAGAAACAAGAAAAAACAUGAGAAAGGAUCAUCAAGCGCAAAGAUCUGUUUCACCACUAGGGUGGAGAAAGAGUACCUGAAACCUGCAUAUUCUGCAAGUAUUGGUGACGAGGUAGAGGAUGGUCUGUUUGAUGAUUUUCUGGAGUUGGCGUUGCAGUUUGGGAUGAUCAUGAUGUUUGCUUGUGUCUUUCCUCUGGCAUUUGCCUUCACUGUGGUGGUAUACCUUGUUUUUUCUUUAGUGAAUAACAUCAUGGAAAUUAGAACGGAUGCGUUGAAGUUACUUUUUAUGUUGAAACGACCGGUUCCUCGUGCUGCAACAUCAAUUGGAGCUUGGAUAAACAUAUUUCAGUUUCUGAUAGUGAUGUCAAUUUGCACCAACUCCGCUCUUCUAGUGUGGUUAUACGAUGAGGAAGGGAAGUGGAAAGUGGAGCCAGGGCUUGCAGGAAUUCUCAUCAUGGAACACAUUCUCCUAUUGAUCAAAUUUGGCUUUUCGCGUUUACUUCCUGAGGAGCCUGCUUGGGUUCGAGCGAAUCGGGCGAAGAAUGCUACUCAUGCGCAGAAUGUGUGUUCUAAACAGCUGUUGAGGAACAUCUCCGGUGGAGAAAAAACAUUGUAUGGACAAAAGAAGAUGGAGUGAAGAUCAACAUUUACAGGUAUAGUCAUUGACCAGAAGCUGAUGCUGGAGAAUUAUGAAUCUUGUAUGACAGUGAUGUAUCUAUUUUAUAGAGGAUUCUGUCUUGAGUUUCCUCAUCUUCUUGUAAAUUGAGUGUUUCCUCAAGGACAUUUUAAAUUAUUUCUGCUGUAAUUCAUUCUGUGGCUUUUGGUA